GGCGAGAGGGGGAGGGGCCUCCGCCAGCCCAGAAAAACGACAACGCGAGAAAAAUUAGUAUUUUUGCACUUCACAAAUUAAUGACCAUGAGCUCGUUUUUGAUAAACUCCAACUACAUCGAGCCCAAGUUCCCUCCCUUCGAAGAGUACGCGCAGCACAGCGGCCCGGGCGGCGGAGACGGAGGCCCGGGCGGGGGGCCCGGCUACCAGCAGCCCCCGGCACCCGCGACCCAGCACCUGCCGCCGCCGCAGCCCCAGCUCCCUCACGCAGGCGGCAGCCGCGAGCCCCCCGCCUCCUACUACGCGCCACGGGCCGCCCGCGAGCCUACCUACCCCGCAGCCGCACUCUACCCGGCGCCCGGGGCCGCAGACGCCGCCUACCCCUACGGCUACCGCGGCGGGGCCAGCCCCGGGCGGCCCCCACAGCCCGAGCAGCCCCCGGCGCUCGCCAAGGGCCCGGCGCGCGGCCUGCACGCGAGCCACGUCCCGCCGCCGCCUCCCCCGCAGCACCGCGCGGCGCCCCCAGUGCCCUCCAGGCGCUGCGAGGCGGCCCCCGCCACUCCGGGCGUCCCGGCAGGGGGCAGCGCCUCCGCAUGCCCGCUGUUGCUGGCGGACAAGGGCCCGCCCGGCCUGAAGGGCAAGGAGCCCGUGGUGUACCCCUGGAUGAAGAAGAUCCAUGUCAGCGCCGUGAACCCCAGUUAUAACGGAGGGGAGCCCAAGCGCUCUCGAACCGCCUACACCCGGCAGCAGGUCUUGGAGCUGGAGAAGGAGUUCCAUUUUAACCGCUACCUGACCCGGCGCCGCCGCAUUGAAAUCGCCCACACGCUCUGCCUGUCUGAACGCCAGGUCAAGAUCUGGUUUCAGAACCGAAGAAUGAAGUGGAAGAAAGAUCACAAACUGCCCAACACCAAGAUGCGAUCCUCCAACCCAGCCUCCACCCAGGCCUCUUCGGGCCUACCAGGGAAAGCACAAACUCAGAGCCCGCACACCCAUCCCCACUCCUUCCCUGGUGCCUCCACCCCCGUUCCUUCCUCCAUAUAGUCUUCUAGACACCUAGGUCAGUUUCUGUCCCUUACUUGCUUUUUCUCUUCCACCCAUUUCCCUAUCUACCCCUCCCCCAUCUCUCUACUGUGACAGACACCAAAAUAAAACCCAAUUUGUUGAAAAGGAUAACCAAAAGAAGACAUUAUUCCCCCCCAUCCACCCAGAAGCAGGAGCUGGUUGCCACCCAAGAGAGGACAGUUGUUCAGGGGUGCUGUUUGGUGGAACAAUCUGCUGGCCUGAAGAAGGGUGCCAAGUUUGGAUACCUGGGAAGGACCACUUGGCAUCAGAUAAUGCUUGAGCUAUAUAAAGUCAGCUGGACAGUGCAUGCUGACUGGGGAUGUGUAUAUUUGUAUAAGCAGAAGAAAGCAGACCCUUUCCCAUCUUCUUUACCUUUCCCUCAUCCAUUAAGGCAGCUCAUACAAGGUUGUAAUGAACUGAAUAAAUGAGUAGAUACUGUGGACCUCACAAGAUUAUUUAAUUCUCAAAACAUGUAGAUUUUGAUGGUAGGUGUGACUGUUUCCCUUUUUUGCAUUUAUUUAAGAUAUUGUUAUUAAGAUAUUGUUGACUUAUUCUGGGGAGCUAUCUCUGGGAAGAGGGGGAUGCAUUUAGACCCAUGUGCAACUGUAUAAAUUGUGAUAUGGCUGUAUAGAAAGCCAUGUGCCGAGAAUAAACUUCAUUUAAAAAAUAUUAAAAA